AUGGGCCGCAAAAAGACGAAGAAGAGAGACGCUCACGCUUCUGCUGCGGCGAUAUGCGACACUACUCCUGCUACUCAUGAUACCGUUACUUUAGAUGAAGCACGAAAGCUGCAGACCCAAGAGCUCGAGGUCCUUCGGUCCAUUUAUGACAGCGAUCUGAUCAUGCAGAGCGCGACGCCUUUGUAUCCGUAUAUUUUCACUAUUCGAUUGCGAUGUGAGGCCACGUCGGGAUCAGCGACAACGUCAGAAGUGCUGCUACAUUUUGACUAUACGCGAUUGUAUCCUAUCAAAGAACCGCCUGUUGUCACGGUGGAAGCGAAGCACGGACUCUCGGACAGUGAGACGCAGAAUUUGACGGACCAAAUGGAGAAAUAUGCACUGGAAAAAAUCGGUGACCCGGUCGUGUACGACCUCGUGGUGUUUGCCACGGACUUUAUCAUGGAUCGUCUGUCCGACCAAUCGUCGUUCUUUGACCAGAUGGUCACUCGACAGCAGGAUCGAGAUGCGCAAAAGAAAUUAACAGACGACGCACUGCUGCAACAACAAGAAGAACACAUUCGAGCAAAAAAUGAGGCCAUAUUAGCGCUUUUGGAUGCCGAGCGGAAGAAGCGAGAGACCUUGGAAAAGAAGACGCGGCGAGGGCGAAGGAGACACCAAUUUGAGGAUUGGGAUGAACAUGCGAGUGGCAGCGAUGGUGCUAAAAGUCGAGACGACGUGGCAAGUCCAUCGUACGUAUACGAUCAGCAAUCGGAGACGAGUUCCAAGUGGAAUUCUAGUGUGUCGGACUCCGAUGCAUCGGACUCGGACGCGAUUGCGGCAUCGGAACGAUACCAUUCCAGAUAUCUAGGUGAUUUUAAAGAGCUGGGGUUGCUGGGACGUGGAGGAGGUGGCGAAGUGGUGAAGGUCCGCAACCGGCUGGACCGACAGCUGUACGCGGUGAAGAAGGUUAAAGUGGACCCAAACGACAAGACGAUGAAGAAGAAGAUUUUGCGUGAAGUGAAGACGAUUUCGCGAAUGCAACACCGACAUAUUGUGCGUUAUUUCCAGGCAUGGAUAGAAGGUGAGCAUGGAAUGUCUUCUGACGAUGAAGGAAAUUCUAGUCCAGAGGAUAGCGACUUCAGUGGCGGAGAAGACUCGUUGAGCAGCCUUGUCGUUGGUGAAAGAGGUAGUCCGGGUGGCGCAGCGAGUUUCUCGUCGGAUGCCGACGACAGGCUGGAGCUAAUGACGUCGACAGAUGAAGACGAAGACGACUGGCUAGGCGCCAUGGGCAGCAGUACAGGGCUACGGGCGACUUCAAUGUCUUGUCACGAUUCCCGGAUCUUUCGUAGUAAGAGUCGCUUGUUUCAGCCUUCUUCACAGCAUUCGGCGGUCGAGGGCUACCCUGAUGGUGAUUCUGAGUGGGAAGCGCUGGAAGAAGCUCCAGAAAUCGAGAUUGACCUUAUGAGAGAUAAAGAUGGUGGAAUUGAUCGAGAGACACUGCUUUAUAAUAAUCCUGAAUUCGUGAAAAAGAGGAAGUUUGAGAAGCUGUUUAUACAGAUGGAGUUCUGCGAGGGAAAUGCUCUACGGGAGGUGAUUGACAAAGGAGUCUUAUGGAAGGAUCCUGACAGAAUUUGGACGAUGUUUCGACAAAUCUUGGAAGCACUUGUGUACAUUCACAGUCAGGGAAUUAUUCACCGCGAUAUUAAGCCGCCGAAUGUCUUUCUGGACUCGGAGGGGACUAUAAAGCUAGGGGAUUUUGGUCUUGCCGUUCGGCCUCCCAAGGUAGUAGAAGACGACGGCAGCAACAGCGGCUCUUCAUCGUCCGGGGAAACUGCUACUGGCGCAAUGUUAUCGCAGUCCGCUGGAUCAUCUGUUGCCGAGCUGUAUGGACGUCUCAAGCGAGAGACAUUGGAAGACACAAGAGUCGAUGGCCCACCGAGUGUUCAGCAGUAUAGCAGCCUGAUGACGACCAUGUCGGCGGACGUGAUUGACGGCAGUAUCACCGCUGGUGUCGGUACUGCGUUCUAUCGGGCGCCUGAGCAAGAGAGAGAAGGACAGCGCUAUAAUCAGAAAGCAGAUCUAUUCUCGCUCGGCAUUAUGUUCUUCGAAAUGUGGUCACCGCCGUUUACGACCCUGAUGGAGCGAGCACAGGCACUUGUUGGACUAAGAGAAAGGCACGAGUUACCAGAAGUAUUUUGUGCGUCUGAUGACGUAAGAAAGAUAAUCCUAUGGCUUUGCGAACAUGAUCCAUCGAGGCGGCCGGAUGCAAAGGAGCUCAUGGUGAGUCCAUUAUUGCCUGCAAAGAUUGAGAUUGAGGGAUCCUACCUGCGAGAGGCAUUGAAAACGCUCGCGAAUCCACAGGGCAAAUGCUUUCGCCAGCUGAUUGAAGCUCUGGUGUCACAGGCACCUCUCAAUCACGUCGACUAUACCUAUGAUCACAUGGAGUCGGUCAAAAUGCGCAGCUACGAGGUAUAUUUACGCACAAAAACAUACGUCAGGAGCCUGCUACAGAAAGUUUUCCAGUGCCAUGGGGCCGUCGAAAUAUCGACGCCAUUGCUCAUGCCACGAUCAUCAGAGCAGAGUUUUAGUAACAUCACGCCGAAUACCGCACCUAACGCACCACUGAUGCUAGAUGGUAACGGUGUGUCCGUAUCACUACCGUUUGAUUUGACUGAGAGACUCGCCCGCUUUGUGGCACGGCACAAUGUUUCGCGUCUGAAAUGCUUUCAGUUUGACCGAGUUUAUCGAAAAAGCAUAGGCGGCAGUCACCCACGUGAGUUCACCGAGUCUGAUUUCGAUGUUAUUUGGGAUGAUGGAGGUGCUUUUGGCUUCUUGGAGCUGGAGGGAUUAGAAGUUGUAUCGAGCGUGAUCAAGGCACUUCCCAGCUGUCUCGGCUCUUACUACUUGCGCUUUAAUGACGCCCGUAUCACGCGCGGUGUUCUUGAGCUUUGUCGUGUUCCUAACACCGCCCGUCGCGAGGUGCUGCGGCUACUUUCCCACGAGGUUUCUUUUUCCGUGCAUGCUGGUCCGUCUUCCACUCAAGCUCCGAGUUUGAAGCCUGGCCGUUGGAAAUUCGUUACAAAGCGAAUGGCGCACUACGGGGCACCAGCAAGCUCUAUUGACGCACUCAAACCAUUCUUCCUGUUACCGGAAGACUGUCUAGCGUCGCUCACUAUUAUUGGGUUAGAGGCGCAGAAGCUGUUUGCUGAGAAUCGAGCAUUGACGAGAGGUGACUCAGCGAUGGCAGCAGAUAGUGACGCUGGUUCUGCAUCUUCCGUAGAUCGAAGGCGGAUUCAAAAGCGUGACUCCCAGCUACGACGAGCUAUACACGACGUGAGUGAAGGCAUUGCGUCCCUCCGCUUGUUAUUGCAAGGUAUGCAAUACCUUCAGCAUUCGAGUCCAGCAUGCGUGCGAUUAGAUCUGGGGUUGAGCCCACGUCCCGAACGCUAUACGUCAGGAUUCAUAUUUCAGGCAGUUUUGCUUGAGGAAGCCGCACAUGGUGGUGGCCAUGCUAGUCAUAUGACCGCCUCGUACUUUGUUGCCACCACGGACAAUCAGACAAUCAUUGCUGAGGGUGGACGCUAUGACGCCCUAGUAUCGCGCUUCAAGCUCACAACGGCUUACGCAAAUGCUUCGCAAGUUGCUGCAAUGGGCGUCCGUUUCGCUAUCGACAAGAUUGUGUCACUGCUAGCUGAGUCCAUGGGGCCUGCUGUGCUGGAAUCGAAAUCGUCAACCUUCGACUUCAUACCGGGUAGCCGCAAAGUUUUGAUUUGUUCGGCAGGGAAGGCAUCCGACACGAUGUUGUUUCGUAUGCAGGUCGCGAUGCUGCUGUGGGGAUACGGCAUUGGUGCAGAGUACCUUCACCCCGAGCUGUUGCAUCUCGAAGACCUGGAAGACUACUGCGCUCAACACAAUGUGCACUGGAUGGUAAUUGUGCAAAAACACAUGAUGAGAGAGAAGCAGCAGGUGAAGAUCCGCACGGUGAAAAGCCAUUCUGAGGCAGACGUAGUGACAGAUAUGGCUUCGUUACCGGAGCUCAUGACUGAGCUCCAAGCAAACUUUGGCAAAGGCUCAUAUGGUGACACUGCAGCUGGUGGCCGUGGAAACAGCUAUUUUGGAGAAACUUUUUGCAGCAGCCCUAGCGGCGGCGGCGGAACCUACGCACGGACGAGCAGCGUCUUACAGCCCAUCUUCGAUGUAAAGUUGGUUGACGCGAAGUAUCAAUCGAGGGACAGAAACUACCGAAAUUACCAGCUCGACACGCAGAAGGUUACGCGUCGUGUAUCGAAAUGGAUCUCGGCUAGCUUCUCAGCUCGUGGUGACAAAGCCAUGAAAGUGCUGUCGAUAGACUUGCCGUUUUCACUGGUACGAGAGAUGUCGUCAGCAUUGAUGGAAGUGGGACGUAGUGGUAUUGACGCAAUGUGCGCUAAGCAUCCACGAUACCGAAAGCAGCUCAAAUUUACAAUGGAAGAGGUGCUAGCUCUGACACCUGAGUCCAAGGACUCGCGUCGUGAACGAUAUGUGCUUCUGCACAGUAUUGUGGAUGACCGGUACGACAUGAUGUCCCUUGGUUUGACGUUGAGAUCUGAUUGUAAGGACAGGCUGUCGAGUGAUUGA